AUGGCUGCUCCUAUCGUCGCGCCUUUGGAGUCGCUCGGGCAGCCUUGGCAACGCACCUUUCGGGACGCAUUUGACGAGCUUACCGAGGAAGAGUUCCGCGACCACUUCAGGCUCUCGAAGAGCACUGUGCGCUGGCUCUGCGAGCAACUGGAAGACGCCAUGGGUGGCCUUCGGACCGGUGGCAUCACGACGCAAGACAGGGUGCUUUGUGCUCUCCGUUUCUUCGCGACGGGGAGCUUCCAAAGAUCCAUCGGCAGCGAAGAAUUCGUAUCCAUGGAGCAAGCUUCCGGCUGGGUGAGCUUCCCGUUGACAACGGCCGGAAAGGCUACUGCAAAGGCGGCCUUUGCGGAUCGGGGCCGCAUUCCCGGUGUAGUGGCCUGUGUCGACAGGACACUCAUAGCGAUCAAACAGCCCGAAGGACUCAGCCCGGGCGAGACCGCGGGCUUCAUGUCAACAAAAGGCUUCUACGCCUUGAAUACCAUGAUCGUGUGUGAUGCCCACAUGCGCAUCGUGGACAUCGAUCCCCGUUUCCCCGGAUCGUGCCAUGACUCCUACGUGUGGAGGCGCUCACCACUGUUAGGCCGCCUCACACGUAACCUGCGACGUGGAGAAUGGGUGCUUGGAGACUCAGGCUACCCUCUUGAGCCAUGGCUGCUGACACCUGUGCCAGGACAUCCAGGCAUUGACACUUCGGAUGGGCGCUACAACCAGGCCCAUGCCUUGUGGAGAGGCAUGGGCCUGGUUGUGGAGAGGGGUAACGUUGUGGAGAGGGGUAUUGGCGUCUUGAAGGCAAGGUUCCGGUGCCUUCAAAGGUACCGGACACUCCUUUAUGAGCCCAAGGAUGCAGCCACAAUCGUGGCAGCCUGCGCCGCUCUCCACAACAUUGCUUUGAAGGCAGGGGAGCCGGAGCUGCAGGACAGUGAUGAGGAGGCCGAUGACAACCAGCCACCGCUGCAUCAGGGCUUGCCUGUGUCUCAAGGGUACCACACCUGCCGGCAAGGAACGCCCAGAGAGCUGCUGAUGAGGGCAAAGCAGAUGAGGAGCCAGGUUGUCAACCUGUUCUCUGCGGCCCCUAGCUGGCGUACCACUCACCUGCAUAUGCUGCAUCGUCGGCUGAGGCAACAACAGCAGGCUCGUCGCGCGGCUCAACCGUAA